AUGUCUCAAUUCAAGAAACGUCUCAUGACCAUCAUUGAAAAAUCGGGUGGUAUUGUGGAAGAGGAAUUAUUCGUGUUGAAACCAGGAGUAAUCAUCACAGAAGUUUCACAAUCGACACCCGAAGCCCUUGAUCUCUAUCAGGCCAUGCAUUGUAACCACGGAGAGGAUUAUUUACAAAGUGCCGAAUUCAAAGGUCGACUCACCUAUUUGAGCUUUAAAGAUCAACCUACAAGCAGUGAAGAGAGCGCCAAUUUUCAUCAUCGAAUGAUCAAUGAAGCGAAACAUCUGAGUAUCUAUGCAGGAACAACAGUGACAUUUUUAAUUGCCGGUUGCACUGUUGAGACCUGUCAGGAGUUGGUGGCACAUCGGGAGGCCUCUGUCGCUCGCUUGACUUCUUCUGCAACGUUGGCCAUGUCUGAGUGUUUGUUUAGGGUUCAGGGUGAAUCAGCUCCACGUCAGAAGGAAAUGAUUCGUGAGUUUUUGCAGCUUCGUGAGAAGAAUAAGGAAUUUUGGGACAAGAAAAACACCAAUCCAGAAAUGUUGAGUACUGAAUUCUUUAAUAUGCAAAAUUUGGCUUGUAAAUGUAAUGCAUUGACAUUUACCAUCAAUAUUAAGGAUUUACACAAGUUGUUGAUUGGAAGAAUGUGCUCAAAAGGAAACGAGACUGAAGUUCAAGAAGUAUGCUCCAUGAUGGCUGAACUCGCCCAUAAACGAUUCCCAGAAAUCAUUAAGGAGCCAUCUUUCUAUAGAAAGAUGGAUGAUAAUGGGGAAAAGCUGGCUGUCCAUUAA